AGUAUCACACCGACGUAAUACGUGAGCUCUGGCUGAUUCAUUGCUCACUAUUUGCAACAUCACCUAAGUUAACGUUACUGAAGGGGCGCGUGAGAGAAACAUGGCUGCUCAAGCUCGAGCUCUCGUAGCGGCGCGAUGGCUCGCGGACGCCGUCAAAAGCAACCGAGCGGGACCCAAUCUGCGGAUACUAGAUGCAUCUUGGUAUCUACCUAAAAUGAAACGCAACCCCAGGGCCGAGUUUGAAAUAAGUCACAUCCCCGGAGCCUCGUUUUUCGACAUCGACGAGUGUUGUGACAAAAGCUCCGAGUUUGACCACAUGCUGCCUACCGAGGGCGAGUUCGCACACUAUGUGGGUGACCUGGGAAUAGGGAACAACACUCAUGUCGUCGUUUACGACGCCAUUGACUUCGGCUCGUUCUCUGCUCCACGGGUGUGGUGGAUGUUUAGGGUGUUCGGGCACACGUCGGUGUCGGUUCUGGACGGCGGGCUCAAGAACUGGUUAACGGAGGGUCAUCCGGUCACCGAGCAAUAUAGUAAACCAGCGCGCGCCGAGUUCAGGGCGUCCUUAAACAAGUCCUGGGUCAAAACUUAUGAAGACAUUUUAAACAAUAUUAAAACCAGAGAAUUUCAAGUAGUCGACGCCAGAGCCAAUGGAAGAUUUCGUGGGGUUGAACCAGAGCCGAGGGAAAACACCGAGCCUGGUCAUAUUCCUGGAUCGAUCAACAUGCCUUUUCCCAGCUUCCUGGACUCGACGUCAGGUCUAGAGCGUCCUGUGGAGGAACUCAAGAAGCUCUUCCAGCAGGCCGGCGUUGACACGCAGAGGCCCUUCUGGGUCACCUGUGGCUCAGGUGUGACAGCCUGUCACAUCGGCCUCGCUGCUCACCUGUGCGGCCAGCCGGGGGUCUGUCUGUAUGAUGGCGCGUGGGCCGAGUGGUUCACCAGAGCUGCACCUGAACAUGUGAUCUCUGAGGGAAAAGGAAAACAGCCACGCUGAAUGGUUUCUUAGACCCUUACUACACCAUUCCACCGAAAUAAAGACUAACAGAAUCACUAGAGUUUUAAUCGAGGCCUUAUUUGUAUCAGAAAUCAUGCAUAGAAAGACUAUUAAGUACUGCACUAUUCCACUAUUCACUAUUUCAUAUGCAUUAAAGCCCCUUUUCUGGUUGCAAUAACAGUUAUGUAAAUCUAGGAAGAGAGUUAAAAGAAGGCAUAAGCAGACAGUUAUGCUUUAGCAAUUCAUAAAUCAGAUGUCAAGAGUACAGAAUAAAAAAAUACUUCAGAAUGAGUUUCUAGAAGGUAAUUAUAUAUGAUGUAUCAUCUUUAUAUCAGUAUAAAUGAAUUAUUUAGCACCACAGCGUUUAAGAAGGAAAUGUUAAUAAUCAACAAUUCCCCAUUUAAUUUUUAGGCAAUAGAAAUGUGAAAAAUAAACUAAAAUGAGUGACUGUUUUCUUUAUAUUUCAGAGUUUAUCUAAUAAAUACAAUAUACUGUAAA